UCGUCAAGACUCUAUGUCAGUCCUGCCCGGGCUUUUGGAGUGCGAACAUCGAAAUCUGUGUUCAGCAGUUUAAUUUAAACAAUAUAGUAGCGUUGACAAUUUUCUAGUUCUUGUUUUUCUACGUAUAGCGUCAGUGAUUUAAUUGCAAUAAGCAAAUUUUGAAGUUCUUUAUCCAAAAACAAUAAAUACGCAAAAUAAUUAUUAGAAUUCUAGAAGAAUCUAGUUCAUUCUAGUUGUAACUCUAUGAACCGUUUGGCUGCUUGCUACUUAUCGCGCUCUUAAUCUCUUUGUCAUUAUGUCCACCGUCGAGAAUAUACAGAGGUAUUAUGAAAUCAAAUUCCACAUACGUGAGAGAAAUUCCAAGGAGGCUUUGGCAAUGUUGAAGAAAUAUCCUUCACAGUCGAGUUUCUACAACGUUGAUGGUUCCACUCAUCUCCACUCAGCAGUGUUUGAAGGACUUUUAGAAGUCUCCGUAUACUUGAUGAAGAACGGUUGCGACGUCAACUUUGUGGAUAACCAGGGCAACACAGCUCUUACGAUAGCAAUGCAAAAUCUACCCUUUGAACGUGAUAGCGAGUGCAUCUAUUACCUGUUGUACUACGGAGCUAACUUGGCUCACAAGAAUAAGGCGGGCUUAAACGCACUAAGGAUCUUCGCACAGAGAAAUUGCUUCAACAGAAGGCAGAUUCACGAUGGUUUUCUACACGUGAUCAACACCUGCGAUCUCAGCGACAUGGAGAUCGCGGCGCUUUUAUAUGAGGCUUACUGGCCCAUUUCCGCUGUCUUGAAGAUUCAGAGGCCAAACGUUAUAUCGAUGAUGAAAGCGAUGGGUGCUCCUAAUUAAAGACCAAUGUUAACAUCCCAAACAAUGAAACUUCGAAGCGCUAUGCAGCCAGUAGCGACAACCUCAGCGUCAUUGAGUUCCUGAUCAAAAGAGGAACGAAGGUUCGGGCUAAGGACCGCAACGGCCGCCAACCAAACAGGACAAAAAUCGAGUCGACUGCCUGUACUUCGAGAAGAAGAAGACUGACCGAGUAUCUAAUUCGGAUGCGUGUAUUAUUCAUUAUUUUUGUAAUUACUUAAGUAGUAGUCAAAUUUGACCAAUGAUAUCUGUCUUAUUUGUUUGAAUGUAAAUACCUCGACUGAACUCGAUAAGUUUAUAAUUUCGAGCACCCUGAAUGUACAUAUUUUAACCCCAACAACCCAGUCAAUAAGAAUCAUAUAAAUAUAAAGCGUAUUUUUAACAAAAGUUGUGUACAGCAAACUUUGUUCAAUAAAAGUUACAAUACCAACAAUAAACAAAA